AUGGCGGUCACCAUUGUUGAGACGGUCAAGGCCGCCACUAAUGCAAGCUAUGGAACAGCCAGCAAUGUGACCGGAAUCAACGCUACCAACGGCACCGGCGGCAUCGACGGCACCGACGGUGUACCAAAUGGCGACGACAGCCUUUUACGGGACAAGGCUGCCGGCCUCAACCCUCGCUUCUCGCUGCCCGAUUCCACACCGCGGUCCAGCAAGACCUCCUUGGUGAUUGGUGGCGUCCGCAUCUACGUCUACGGACUCGACAACCUGUCAUCGUCGCCGCCAGCAGACACCUCACGUGCAGCGACGGCCACCGACGUCGCCGUCCUCUACCUCGCGCACAACCGAACCCGCACCUACCGCGUCACCGAGGGCAUCGCCCACGAGCUGCUCCACCGCUACCGCACCGAUCCGCGGCCGAAGACGAUGGGCCUCAUCGCCGUCACCAUGGACAUGCGCAACCACGGCGAGCGCGAGAUCUGUCCGGCCGCCAACCGGACGUGGGCCGCAGGCAACGAGCGCCACGCCAUGGACUUGCUGUCGCUGAUUGACGGCGGCGUCCAAGACUUUCGGCUGGUCAUGGACUACCUGCCCGUGUACCUCCCCCAGUUUCAGCGGCUGCACAAUGUCAUGGCCGGCGUCUCGCUGGGGGCCCACACGGCGUGGCGGCUGGCGGCACAGGCCCCACCGGGGCAGGUGGCCGGGUAUGCCAUGGUGGUCGGGUGUCCGAAUCUGACGUCGCUGCUCGUGGGGCGGCUGACGGACGGCAAGGUCGCGGACGCGGCGGGGGACGCGUAUGACGAUCUAGACGGACGGCAACAAGCCCGCUGGCCGCGCGCGCUGGCCGCAUUGGUAGCCCGGCAAGACCAGCAGAUUGCCCAGGCCUUUCCUGCCGAGACACCCGUUCUGCUCUGCAACGGCGCCGACGACGGGCUAGUGCCAGCCAAGUACACCGCCGCGUGGGCAAGAGACCGCGGCGUGGCCCCGACAAGCGACGUGGUGCGGCCGCCGUACGUACCUAGAAAUGCCGAUCCCAAGCCACCUCUCAUUGACCUGCUCGUCCAAGAAAAUACAGGGCAUAGCUGCACAAAGGAAAUGGUGGCACGGAUGGCUGUUUGGCUGGGUGAUUUGUUUGUGGCGCCAUAG